AUGAGGUUUGUCGUGACGAAAGUUUGCAGCGGCGGGGGGAAGGCGCGGGCGGGUGCGCUCCAUAUUGGCGGCGGCGGCAUUGGCAUUGAGACGCCGGCGCUGCUGCUGUCGACUCAGGGCCCUCCAGUGAAGACAAUAUCAGCUAUUAGGGGUUUGCGCGGUAUGCUGGGUUUACCUGAUCACAUUCUUGUAGCGGCAGCAAGUGAUUCUAUUGAGAGUCUGCCAUCAAGUGACGCCACCAACAAAUUUGGUGCCUCCUUUGAAACUCCUUCGGGACGUAGACUGGUUGGUAAAACCAUCAGACUAUAUGGAGUUGAUUUCCUGCAUGAAGCCCAAUAUAUGGGCCAGUUUGGCGGACGAGACUUUUGGAUUGCAGGCUUUGGCCUUGGAGAGAGUAUUGAAGAACGUUGCAGUUUACUCAAUGCCGUAACAGAUUGCUUGCCACCGGAAAAACCUCGGCUCGUGUCUAGGCUUGGUCUUCCAGAGGAGGUCUUGGAGGGUGUAGCUGCUGGUAUCGACCUUUUUGACUCCACGUACAUUUACCAACUUACUAUGGGUGGUUUCGCACUGGUCUUCCCUGUUGACAUGGUUGAAAGAGAGAUGCAGAAUGGUAUACUCAACACUAGUGGUGGAGAUUCAACAAAGAUUAAUCUGCGUGCUACAACAUAUCGGAAGGAUACGUCACGGCUAGUUGAUAGCUGUAACUGCUUCACGUGCCAGAAUCACACCCGUGCUUACCUCAAUCAUUUGCUCAAUGUCCACGAGAUGUUGGCUCAGAUUUUACUGGAGAUACAUAAUACACAUCACUAUCUUCGUUUCUUCCAUUCCAUACGGGAGGCAAUCAAGGUUGGAGAGUUCGAUCUUUUUUCGUCAGGAGUUUGUUAA